AGUGUGGGCAGCUGAGUCUAGUGACUUGGGGUCUGGCAGAGAAAUGAGGGAAGCGCUUGCUGUGGGCCCCAACUUAGAAUUUCUUAUCAGCGUCAGAGCUGGAGGCCUCGAUUUUAUUAAAAAAAGAAAUCACAAACAUCACUCGCACGAGUGAAGACGCAGAGCGGAAGGCCCGUUUAGUCCGGUUAAGAAGAGGGUCCGCCAGGACCUUGGGUCCCGGAGUAAAAGACUUCGGUGUUCCUCAUGGCCUUCUAGAGUAGAAAGACAGAAUCGCUGUCGCCAUGAUCUGGACACAUAUGACGCUGGCCUUGCUGAGGCCUGGCUUAGCGAGUCUAGAGAAGAAUCUCAACCGUUUGGAGGAGUGUUUUUGCCGAGGGGAGCCAUGGCGGCUGCGCACCGGAAGCGGCGCGCCGGAAGAGCGGAGGGCGUGGCGGAGAGCCUGGCGGAGACGUGUCUAACUGGGAUACCUGGAGGCUCUUCCCCGGGUGUCGGGAACCGGACGGCUGUGCCCAGUCCACCUGCACUUCGUGGGCCCAGCAAAGCAGCGUGGGGCGGCGGCGGCGGAGGCUCAGGCUGGGAGCGGAGGCCGCCGGGGGACCAGCCAUGGCCGAGUCGGUGGAGCGGCUGCGGCAGCGGGUUGAGGAACUGGAACAAGAACUCGCCCGGGAGAGGAGCCGGCAGGUCUUGGGCGGCCGGACCCGCAUCGAGAAGAUGAGCUCCGAGGUGGUGGACUCCAAUCCCUACAGCCGUCUGAUGGCCUUGAAACGGAUGGGAAUUGUCAGUGACUAUGAGAAAAUCCGUACUUACGCUGUAGCCAUAGUAGGUGUUGGUGGAGUUGGUAGUGUGACUGCUGAAAUGCUGACAAGAUGUGGCAUUGGUAAGUUACUGCUCUUUGACUAUGACAAGGUGGAACUGGCCAACAUGAAUCGACUUUUCUUCCAGCCUCAUCAAGCAGGACUGAGCAAAGUGCAAGCAGCCGAGAACACCCUGAGGAGCAUUAACCCUGAUGUUCUGUUUGAAGUUCACAACUACAACAUCACCACAGUGGAACACUUCGAACAUUUCAUGAGUAGAAUCAGCAAUGGUGGACUAGAAGAAGGGAAGCCCGUUGACCUGGUUCUUAGCUGUGUGGACAACUUCGAAGCUCGAAUGGCAAUAAACACAGCUUGUAAUGAACUUGGUCAGACGUGGAUGGAGUCUGGGGUCAGUGAAAAUGCAGUUUCUGGGCACAUCCAGCUCAUGAUCCCUGGCGAGUCGGCUUGUUUUGCGUGUGCGCCACCGCUCGUAGUCGCUUCAAACAUCGAUGAGAAGACCCUGAAACGAGAAGGUGUCUGCGCAGCCAGUCUUCCCACCACCAUGGGAGUCGUUGCAGGGAUCUUAGUACAAAACGUAUUAAAGUUUCUGUUACGUUUUGGCACCGUCAGUUUCUACCUUGGGUACAAUGCAAUGCAGGACUUUUUCCCUACCAUGUCCAUGAAGCCAAACCCUCAGUGUGAUGACAGAAACUGCAGGAAACAACAAGAAGAACACAAGAAGAAGGCCGCGACACUGCCCACACCGGAGGCUGCGCCAACAGAGGAGGAAGAGAUCGUACAUGAGGACAACGAGUGGGGUAUUGAGCUGGUGUCUGAAGUUUCAGAAGAGGAACUGAAGAACUCUUCAGGUCCCAUUCCCGUCUUACCCGAAGGAAUUACAGUGGCAUACACAGUCCCAAAGAAGCAGGAGGAUUCUGUUUCUGAAGUAACAGUGGAAGAUUCUGGUGAAAGCUUGGAAGAUCUCAUGGCCAAGAUGAAGAACAUGUAGACAGUGGGCUGGCAUUUGCUUUAUUUUCUGUGCUCAUUCUAUUCCCUUGCAGUUAAAACAAAAAACAAAAAACAAAAAAACUAAUAAACCUAGGGCCGCCUUAACUGGCAUGUGAGUCUUCACCGAGUGUCAUGCUAUAUGGAACACUAGUGGUUGCUUCUGGCUUCCCUGUACAACGGAAUCAGUAGUGCUCCUACAGAAAGGAGAGGGAGGCCAAUCCCAUUCCAUAGUUUCCUUGACAGUAAUCCCCUGUCUAUGGACUGAGGUCCUGGACUGUACAGAUGGAGGAUGAGAUCUUUAGCCUGGCAGCUGUGGCUAGCAAGUGUCUGAGCAUCCGAAUGGCUUCCUACCAGUUACCCACUAGUACUAAUCUGACCAGGAGUGACUGUUGACAGUCAGCCUAUAGAAUAAACAUCCCUUCAGAUGUUUCUCGUGAGAUACAAGUAGAAUAUCUUCAUUGGCAUGUCUAAGUGAGUUAAAGAUUUAAGACGGGCUGGAGAGAUGGCUUAGUGGUUAAGAGCACUGACUGCUCUUCCAGA